AUGCCUGUGUCUGAUCCUAGCUCUGGGCGCGUAUUCAUAUGGAUCAUAACAUGUCUUUUGUUUAUCUCGUUAAUAGCAGGAGGUGUGUGCCUUGCUGCAUACUUGAUCCUUCCUGAAUCUGAAACUUCAUCUUGGAUACCUAUAGCUGGUGUCGCAUUGGUUUGUCUACCAUGGACUUUUUGGUUUUUCACAUGUUUAUAUAGAAUUUUCUCAAGGUGUUGUGGAUGUAGAGUUAGAUUGGGAGUUAAUGGCGGAGGCGGUGGUGGAGGAAAUUGGGGUGGUGCAAAUGCACCUAAGAAUGCAGAUGUUGAAGUUGCAAAUCAAUCAACAAAAGGUGGCAAUGAGUUGAAUAGGAUGUCUUCUGUUGCAUCACAUGAAAGUGAAAUGGCGUUGGCGAAAUCUAUGGGAUCGUGA